UCUUUAUCGGAUAAAAUUGAACUUAAAAGGACGCCAGACCAGCCAGGCACGCAGUACAAAACUCUUGAGAUAAGAGUUAUUUCUGUUGCCGGGACGGCUAUUAAACUCAAGUUUUGAAGACGUCAAUUUCAAUAGAAUAAACAACAGAUAAGAGAAUGAAGUCAUUUCCCUCACAUGUAUUUUGUUGCGUGUUCUUUGCGGUCGCAGUUUCCGCCAUCGAUCUACGUAAAGCAGGCGUGCCUUACCGACGCCAGACUGACAAUUUUGUAGCGUUUUCCGUCGGACUCGACAGCAACGUUAAUCUAGCCCAAAAUGCCACUGUCAAAUAUAAUGUUAUUUGGACAAAUAAAGGAAACGGUUAUGAUAGCAGUACCGGUGUGUUUACUUGUCCUCAAGCUGGUUUGUACACAUUCAUCUAUCACGGAAUUUCAGAAACUGCAGGAACAAUGAAUCUGGACGUGUACAAGAAUGAUCAGUACCAGAUUGGUACUUACGCUCAUAACGCAAAUGAUUAUGCAUCAGCAAGCAACUCUAUUACUUUGUCUCUUCAAAAUGGUGACCGGGUCUAUAUAAAAGGUCACGGAACAAGUGUGUUGUAUGGGCGUGCAGAUGAAGUAUAUUCCACAUUUUCGGGAUUCUUACUAGUACCACAUGGAGAUCGAUAAGAGCGUUUUCUCAAAUGUAGCAAAUACUGUAUUGAUGCGUGUCAAAGUAAAUAAAAACUGUCAGACAUUG